UCUUCGGGUGGCGCUGGCCAUUGGCGGACAGGAUGGGGGCGGGACCUGAGGUCGUCGCCGGCACUGCCUGUGGCUAAGGCCCCCACCUACUUCAAAAUGACGCUGGACGUGGGGCCGGAGGAUGAGCUGCCUGACUGGGCUGCGGCCAAGGAGUUUUACCAGAAGUACGACCCUAAGGACGUCAUUGGCAGAGGAGUGAGCUCUGUAGUCCGCCGUUGCGUUCAUCGAGUUACUGGCCGUGAGUUUGCGGUGAAGAUCAUGGAGGUGACAGCUGAGCGGCUGAGUCCUGAGCAGCUGGAGGAGGUGCGAGAAGCCACGCGGCGAGAGACACACAUCCUUCGCCAGGUCGCCGGCCACCCCCACAUCAUCACUCUCAUCGAUUCCUACGAGUCUUCUAGCUUCAUGUUCCUGGUGUUUGACCUGAUGCGGAAGGGAGAGCUGUUUGACUAUCUCACAGAGAAGGUGGCCCUCUCAGAAAAGGAAACCAGGUCCAUCAUGAGGUCUCUGCUGGAAGCAGUGAGCUUUCUCCACGCCAACAACAUUGUACACCGAGACCUGAAGCCUGAGAAUAUUCUCCUAGAUGACAAUAUGCAGAUCCGACUUUCAGAUUUUGGGUUCUCCUGCCACUUGGAACCUGACGAGAAGCUUCGAGAGUUGUGUGGGACUCCAGGGUAUCUAGCACCAGAGAUCCUUAAGUGCUCCAUGGAUGAAACCCACCCAGGCUACGGCAAGGAGGUCGAUCUCUGGGCCUGUGGGGUGAUCUUGUUCACACUCCUGGCUGGCUCACCACCAUUCUGGCACCGACGCCAGAUCCUGAUGUUACGCAUGAUCAUGGAGGGCCAGUACCAGUUUAGUUCACCUGAGUGGGAUGACCGUUCUGACACUGUGAAAGACCUGAUCUCGAGGCUGCUGCAGGUGGAUCCUGAGGAGCGCCUGACAGCUGAGCAAGCCCUACAGCACCCAUUCUUUGAGCGCUGUGAAGGCAGCCAACCCUGGAACCUCACCCCCCGCCAGCGGUUCCGGGUGGCAGUGUGGACAGUGCUGGCUGCUGGACGGGUGGCCUUAAGCACCCACCGUGUACGGCCACUGACCAAGAGUGCACUGUUGAGGGACCCUUAUGCGCUGCGGCCAGUGCGGCGCCUCAUUGACAGCUGUGCCUUCCGGCUCUAUGGACACUGGGUGAAGAAGGGUGAGCAGCAGAACCGGGCAGCCCUCUUCCAGCACCGGCCCCCAGGGCCUUUUCCCAUGAUGGGCCCUGAAGAGGAGGGGGACUCAGCUACUAUCACUGAAGACGAGGCCAUGCUGGUGCUGGGCUAGUACUUCAGCCCUGAGGAAUCCCAGGAAGCAGAACUCUCCAGGAGGAGGAUUUUUAUCAUUCCAGCUCCUCUGGGCUCUGGCCUCAGGCCCCCCCCAUGCCUGGCCAGGCCCGCCACUGAUCAAACUAUCAUAGAGACCAGCCCUGUACACCUACCCCCACUGGCCAGGGCUUUGAGAUCAGAGCUGAGGUGGAAGAGAGCCACCCAGAGUGCCAUGCCUGGCCUUAUCCAUGCUGCCUGUGCCACGUAUGCAAUAAAACCUGCUACACGCCAGGGAGA